CAAUGACUCACGACACAGGCCCCCAGAUAACGACUCCAGCGUUCCCGGAUCUCUCUCCGUCUACAUACACAGACCAUUGCCUACCGUGCAGCCAAUGGGAAAUGUUUUCAUAGAUCAAGUUCAAAAAAUAAACUUUAAGGUGGUUUGUUGACUUGUAAAAGACGGAUCCCGGAAACGAUUGCCAUUCAGAAGGAUGGAAUGAUUAUUGGAGAUACUGCCGACAUGCCACCAUGCAAGAAUCAAGACUACACCGGCUCGAACCCUUGAAUUGACAAGAUGGCGGAGGAGUUGAUCAGCCUGGAUGUGUGGGACAAGCUGCUGAUCCUGGCCGGGGUGGCGCUGGUGAUGGUCCUGGUCAUUGUUACCCUCAUGUGUGUCCUCUCUCCCUAUUGCUGCCUCUUCCAGUACUGUCCAUUCCGGGACAAGACCCCACAUGACAAUAAACCAUUGAUGAAAUAUGGAUCAACUGAUAUGAUGAUGAUGGAACCUAGACACACUGUUCGGUCUCGUCUGGGUUCUCUAAAAGAAGAGGAGUCUUCCGAACUAUCCGACGCAAGCGCAAAGAGUGCCCUUGACCGUAGACCAAUCGUGUCUCCCAACCACGUGGCGAAUGGCUCUAUUGGCUCCGGGACCUCGACCUCGUCUCUUCCCGAUGGCACCCUGCAUUUUUCUCUUAAAUACGACAAAUUUGACGGCAAUUUAGUCAUAAAGAUCUUGGAAAUUACCGACUUAAAAGUCGACGACGCUUCUUCCAUCAUAUCCCCGUAUGUACGCAUCAGACUGUAUAAAUCUCAGCGACAAAUGUUCUCCGGUGCUGUUGACAGUAUCGAAACAGAGUUCAAGACACGAAUCCAGAAAUUCAAAGAUGUUCUGUUGUUCAACGAAACAUUCCGGUCAGCCAUAGCUCCAGCCAGCAUAAAGCACAUCAGCAUUAAACUUGAACUCUGUGAUUUGGACAAAUAUUCAAGGAAGGUGGUGCUAGGAGAGUGUCGUGUUAAACUUAAAAGACUUCGUCUGGAAGAUUUCGAAGAAAAGGUGCUUCAGGAGAAGUUAAAGGAACCAAUCGAGGAGGAAGCAGGGGAGGUAACUAUUGGAUUGAAUUAUCUCCCCACGGCAGAAAAACUAUACAUCAAUGUUGUCAAAAUGAAAAUCUACAAAACGCAGAACAGACCGCAAAAUAUAUUAGACUCCAUGAUACAGAAAGAUAUUGCAAAUGUGGGAACUCGCUUUAUCUUAGCUAGCGUCCGGUACAACUCUUUGACGGAUGAAAAGUUUCGCAUUUUACUUUACAACCAUAAUACAACAGAAUCAGCUACGGUAAAUGCGGACCACAGUCUAAAAACCUCAAUCAGCGGAGACCAAUGGACCAUCGGACCAAAAGGAUCAGAAUAUAUAGAUGUACCGAUCGAAUAUGGAAUGAAUAAAUCCUCUCAGCGAACUCAAAAGGGAUUCGAACUUUUUUCAACGAUUCCCUUAAAAGUUCGAAUGAUUAACGCAGCACCAUUGAUGACGGAUUUCAAUCUAGUUUUUCCUUAUGAAGAGCUUGGAAAUCAGUACUACGUAAUAACACCUUGUGGAAACCAGACGUAUGUGUAUAAACAAGUGCAGGUCGUGUCAGGCAAUGAUAACACAGAUGUUGAGGUCGUCCUUGCUGGAAACCACACAACACCCAUACUGAUAUUUAACUCCCAAGUUUACAAUGGCGGACAGACUAUUCGGGUGGAUCUAGACCAAUACGGCGUUCUCCAGCUGGUGAGUUUCCGGGACCUGACCGGGACGAUGAUCACGGCCAGUCAUCCGGUCUCCGUGUUUUCCGGUUGUGAUUACGACAGUUCAUCAGCCGCUUUGCAAUCGCAAAAUCCACCCGACGUUUUCCAUCACACUGAACACGUCGUCGACAUAGGCCGCCUAGGCAGACAUUUUUAUUUCUACAGUAUGGAAGAGAGCGAAAUGAUUAUCACUGCGUCACAAGACCACUCCUUAAUAAUGAUAAAUAUUAAUGGUGUUUGUGAAAACAUCGAGCUUGAGGCGGGGGACACUAUAAUAGAUACUGUACAGAUGAACUUAUUAGUUACCAUUGAUUCCAAUCACCCCCUUGUUGUGUCCACCGGAAGUGACGUCCCUACCUGCAGAUACGAAACUCCUCGUGAACAGGCAAUAUCAAAAACCAAUCUGUGUGUCGAUUUCAAUGGAAUGGUCCGAUAUAAUUUAAUUGUAAGAAGUAACUGCACCAAUGAUUUCCUAGUAGAUGGCCUUCCGUUGGACAUUGGGCAGUACUUCUCUGAAUGUUUCAGCUAUAACAACGGUUCCGAGCUAUGCUUCCUUCUGUCGCCUUUUUUCCACAGUCCUCUGGACUGCUUUUUGAUCGAAAACACAUGCGGUGUUUUUAAUGGUAGAUUGAUUUUUGAGUCUGGGAAGGAGGAAAUUGUUGGAAACGAUAUGAAUUUUAUUGCCCCAACAUGUGCCAGCAUAGCUUUAUCCAGCAACGAAAGUUGUAUCGAGGACACAGCCUACGUUUGCAAUGCUCCGGCGACAAAAAAUAAUAGUGCGACUGGCGUAGGUGUGACUGGGUGUAUGUGUGGCUGCACGAAGGCUGGUCCACAAAACAUCACAAAGAAGCUCCUUGAUGAAAUCUACGAGAGGAAAAAUGAACUGCAAGUGGACAAAACUACUUUAUCUUCUAUAAAACGGGGUAAGAUCAGCGCCCCGGACCCCCGCCCGUCCGCCCGGGCUGUGGGAGGGACAGUAGGCGUAGUCUGUAUGACGUGUGUGUUCGGUGGGAUCGUUCUGUUUGACUUGCCGUUGUAUAUUAAUCUUUUGAAAUCUGCAGCAAAACUGAUAAAACCAAACUAGUUUCAGUCCGUUGGUAUUUUAAAAAGUUUUCCCAAUGUGUUUAAUUGAAUAGUAUUGCAUUUUUUAUUUCUAUAUAUAAACAUCUAGGUGGUUUUUUAUUGAGUUGCUUAUUCAGAUAUACUCAUGAUUUACUGUUGAUUACUGCUUUUAUAUAAUAUGUAUUUUUAAGAGCAUAUACGAUGAACAGGUUUUUAAUAAGCACUUUGGUUUGAUUCUCUGAAUAGGACCCGUAAAGAUAGCUACAUUAUUUUUAUAUCAGAUGAGACAUACAUGUACAUCAAUUACAUGAAGGUAAAACAUCUUAAAUCAAUUUCUUAAAGGGACUUGGACACAAUUAAAGAUCAAAAGUUUAAGUUUUAUUUUUUAUGUAUAGAAUGGUUUACUGGUGCAUUUUAAACGAUUGACCAAAAUAUUGAAUGUUAAAGUUAAGUUACAAGCGACAUACAGACGUAAUGUUAUGUAAACAAAGCUCGAGUAGUUGUUUACAAAAAAUGUAAUGUCGAAAAUUAGUACUAUUUCUUAGACAGAAUGACAUGUAAAAAAACCAAUUUAAACUAACUCAAUAUCUUCAUAAAUUUUAGUAUCAACAAAAGAAAGAUACAUUUGAUUGAAACUUACAGCAAUACAACACAUAUGUAAAAAAUAGCAAUAUUCGAGCUUUGUUUACAAAACAAAGAAUUGUGAACUCUGAAUCUUGCUUAUAACUUGAUAUUUGACUUUCAAAUUUUGACAUACAUGUAGCAUUAAAAACUUCUAUAUUUUUCAGUAUAAACAUUGAAAAUGAAAAAAUAAAAUUUGAAAAUUUUUUGUCAAAUCGUGUCCAAGUCCCUUAAAGAUAAUGUUGAGUAAAGUUUAUGUCAUUGUAUUGCGUUUAGCUAAUUAAAUGUAUUUGAUUCCCGAUAUAUUGUACACUAACCUUAGUUAUGUUUAAGUUUAAAAAUCAGUAACAAUAAAGUACAAAAUGACUGGGUCAUGUCAGAAAAUAUGUUUUAUUUGAGAUGGAACACUAUUUUAGGUAGGUACAGAGUACUCGUGCAUCCGCAUAUUUUUAUGAGAAUGCACUUUUCCAAGAAGUGCUUAAUGCGUCAGGAAAAGAAUAUCACACACAUUAUGUUAAACUUUUACUAUACUCUAUGUGUGUUUAAGUGGUUUAAUGCUAUCUAAAAUAGCGUUUUGAUUUUGGAAGUUGAAGUUCAACAUUCGUUUAUUGUCUGUGUUUUUAAACAAUACACAACAAAGACGGUACAUAUAUAAAAUAUUAUAUUUUAGUUAAAAACAGAAAGAUUGUCCUUACAAUUUCUUGUUGUAUGCAUUGUGAAUCUUUUUGAUAAAACACAUUUAUACAUGUUAGAAGUAUAUAUAACUAUAUAAUCUAUACAUCCAUUCUGUUGUCAAGUAAAAAAGCCUUCUUUGAGUUGCGUUGUUUUGUAACUUGACAAAGCGGAACUUUCAUUUAAAUAAAUUUGUUAGACACUAGGGGGCGCUUAGUUUCCGGUUCCGUAGUUCGCUCCACCUGCUUUGAUGACAGCUUCACGGACUUUGUUUUCAGUAAUAUCUGAGACGUCAUCGACGGAAACCUCGAUCGCAAAAAC